AUGAGCCAAAAGUUAUCGCCUCCGGUACCUCAUCUAAGAUCUGCACAGGUGGACAAAAGUCAUACUGACGCUGAACAGAAAAGUAUUGGUAAUAGCAAUAAUAAUGAGGAGGAUGAUAAUGUUCCCAAUACGUUUAGUUCGUUGAAAACACGAUUCGAACAGCUAUCAUUACAACAAACAAAAUUACCAUCAUCAUCUUCUUCACCCGUUGGGACGGGUGAAACUCUCAAAAAGAAAACCAACAAUAACAUUAGACAAUCAGCAUUUGCAUCAGCGACAGCUAAAACAGUAGAUUCCGAUUCUAAUCCAUUUGAAGACACGCAUGCACUCGAUCCAUUUGCCGAUGAAAAUGAUAUGGUUGCUGUUAAUAAUAGUGACAGUAGUAAAGAAUUUUCACCCUUUUCUUCAAAUAUAAUUCAUGAAGAACCAGAAGUAUUACAUUUUGACAAAAAUAAUUAUGCAGCAGCGCCCAAAAACGAACUAUCUUCAAAACCUAAACCAAUUGCAAAGCCAAAAAAUACAAUAUCAUUUUCUAUAUCUCCUCCGCUUCCUACAAGGACAAAUCAGCAGCCUUUUCGCUCACCAUUUGAUGAUACUGAUAAAUCAGUUGAAGGUCAUGAUUCCUCUGAAAACCCCCGACAUGCAUUUUCUAAUUCCAAUCCUCCUAAAAAACCAAUUCGGAGAGCAGGUUUAAGAAAUGAUACAAUGCACGAACAGAAUACUACGCAAGAAGUAAAACCUGCUCUUCCACCACGUCGACCAACCAAAAUUCCCGAACAAUCUGAAAAAUCCGAAGUAAAGAAAGCAGCAACUCCAUCACCACCACGAAAGCCACCCCUCCCUAAUGUCAAACCUUCUGCCAAUCAUCGACCUCCACUUCCAGAUCGACCUGCUUUGCCACCAAAAAGUAUGACUAUUGACGAGUCUGAAUUGAAACGACGACCGUCUAAACUUACUGUUCCAAAAAGAAAGCCAACCCAAGACAAUUCAGGUUCGGAAUCUUCGAUUGGGGAAAUCGAUUCUAGUGACGAACGGUCAGAGUAUAAUUCUACUCUAGAUCAAACACAAAUGGCAUCUGGAUUUCCUGACUCAUUGCAUGCGAAUCGUCGUGCGCCUCAUUUCGAGGGAUUGAAAAAAGAGAUUCACCAUAAAGGCACAAUUCGGGCAUUCGGGAUUGCUGGUGACUAUGCGGUGACCGCUUUAUCUAGCACUCGAGUUUGGAAAUUACAAACUGCCGAGAACACAGCGACAAUUUCUCAUGGUGAUUCUAAAGUCACUUGCUUAGUACUUCGACCUGCAAGGCGUCUAGAGGAUGUUGGGAGAUUCAUUUGGUGUGGAACUCAGGAUGGCGCUCUUAUUGCUAUCGAUAUCAAUACAGGAAAAAUCGUGGAAAUGAUCUCAAAAGCGCAUAAUCACGCGAUAUCUUACAUUUUACGUUAUGAAUCGCAACUUUGGACAAUUGAUGAGAAUGGCAAACUGAAUAAAUGGUCGUCUGAUAAUGAGCAUGAAGCUAUUUCUCUGAAUUCAACCCCGAAACCACUACGCGUUGCAAGCAAACAAACAUGCGCACUAAUUGUUGGCCAUAAUCUAUGGAUGGCAGCAGGCAAAAAUAUAGAAAUAUUUAAUCCAGUCGAGGAACAAAAGGGAUCAACCAUCCCUCCUAAAAGAGACGUGGGACAUGAUGUCGGAAACAUCACAUGCAUGGCUCAAACAAGUAAUACAAAAGUCGUGUAUGUUGGACAUGAUAAUGGAAUGAUGACUGUUUGGGAUGCAAAUACUCUAAAUAAAUUAUCUGUUGUGUCAGUCUCGAACUAUUGUAUUACAAGUUUGUUGGGUGUCGGAGAAUAUCUUUGGGCUGGUUUUAAAACAGGAAAAAUUUAUGUAUAUGAUGCCAGAAAAAUAAAAGGACCCUGGGUUGUUUUGAAGGAAUGGCAAGCUCACAAAACUACAGUCACCGGAUUGUUGUUGGAUGAUGAAGGAUUUUGUCGAGAUAAAAUUGGAAGAAUGCAAGUUGGGAGUAUGAGUGAGGAAGGGUAUAUUUCAGUGUGGGAUGGGUUGAUGCAAGAGGAUUGGUUUGCAAACAAAAUGGUUGAGCGCGAGAAGGAGUAUUGCAGAUACCGCGAUAUCAAAGUCCUAAUAUGUUCAUGGAAUAUUGAUGCGUCCAAGCCCGCGGAUCUAGAAAAAAAAUCAGCUGAAGACGUAAAAUUCCUAAGUCUUUGGUUUACGAGUGUUGAUUCGCCAGAUUUGAUAGUCGUUGGAUUCCAAGAGAUUAUAGAUUUGGAGUCUAAGAAGAUGACUGCUAAAACGAUGCUAAUGCCAAAAAAGAAGGCAGACAAAGCACUAGCCGAAAAUAUCACUCAACGAUAUCGUCUUUGGCACGAAAAGUUGGUAAAAGCUGUGCGCGAACACGCUGGGUUCAGUAAUAAUUGCAACUAUAAAUUAGUCAGAUCCGAAAAUUUGGUAGGAUUAUUUACGGACGUGUUUAUCAAAGAGAGUGAAUGGGAUCGAUUAAAGAAUAUCGAUGUAACAAAGUGUAAGACUGGCUUAGGCGGUUAUCACGGAAAUAAGGGCGCUAUUGCCACACGGUUUAUUUACGAUGAUUCAUCAAUCUGUUUUGUGAACUGUCAUUUAGCUGCAGGACAAGCUCACACUUCGCAAAGAAACACAGACACCGGCAAAAUCCUAGAUUCAGUAGAGUUUCCCCCACUAGCAAGUCACAACGAAUGGAAUGAGUAUAGCCAAGUAUUUGUGGAUGGCGGUGACGGCUCAAAUAUUUUAGAUCACGAGAUAUGUUUCUUUAGUGGUGAUCUAAACUAUCGAAUCGACCUACCACGUGACUUGGUAAUUGCCAAAAUACGCGACGAAGAUUUCUCAAUUCUCCGUGAGAACGAUCAACUCAUAAAACAACGACUAAAAAAUCCAGGAUUCCGAUUGAAAUCGUUCACCGAGGGUGAACUGAAUUUUGCACCUACAUACAAAUAUAAUCCCGGUGAAGAUACUUACGAUACCUCGGAAAAACAACGAACACCUGCAUGGUGCGAUCGAAUACUCUGGCGCGGCAACAAGAUAAAACAAUUGAAUUAUCAACGAUACGAGUGUAAAGUUUCGGAUCAUCGACCUAUUAGUGGUGGGUUUAUUGUGACCACAAAAUCAAUCGAUCAGGGCGCAAAAGUCGAGGUUGAAGAAGAGGUGAAAGCAGAAUGGCAGGAAAGAUUUGAUGAAGAGAAGCGAAAGCGAAAGUUUUUAUGGUUGAUCAAGUGUGGAUGGGAUCCGGACCUUUCGAAUAAAGUUAUGAGAGAGACGGACUAUAACUUGCGAAAAGCGAUUGAAAUAUUAAACAGAUCAUCAGAAAUAAAUUAG